CGAUGCUGAUUAGCGAAUAUGGAGUAGCUUAGAUGAAAGCCUACUUGUGAUUCGUCAUAAGAAGAUCAACGCUCCCGUGGGCUGAAACAGGCCGGCUUGAGAGGCGGACCCUGGAGUCUUCUUCCAUUUGCAAAUAAAAACUCGACAGUACAGUAGGAAUUUCUCUCUCGUGACUUGUGUCUUGCCUGGAUGGCGGGCACGGUGCUGGGAGUGGGUGCCGGCGUCUUCCUCCUGGCCCUGCUCUGGGUGUCGGUGCUGCUGCUGUGUGUGCUGCUGGCCAGAGCCCCCGGGGUGGCGAGGUUCUCGGUCAUUUUUGUAUUCCUUGGUGCUCUGAUCAUCACAUCAGUUUUGUUGCUUUUCCCCCGGGCUAGUGAAUCCCCAACCCCAGAGGUCGAAUUUAAGAUUGUGGAUGCCUUUUUCAUUGGCCGCUAUGUCCUACUGACUUUCCUCAGUGUUGUCUUUCUUGGAAGCCUCUUCUUGGUUCUGAUUCAUCAUAUCCUGGAGCCAAUCUAUGCCAAACCACUGCGGUCGUACUGAUCCUUUUGGGGAAACCAAGACCCUGUCCUCCCCUCCUUCAUUUUGAUGUCAUUGAUGAGCAGAAUAGGGCACUAUUCAGAGCUUUAUUUUGACAGCUUCUCCAUGCCUUACAAUCUGAGGAAUAUCCAUCCAUCAUUAAGACAAGUCCCUUGAGUCCUGAGUUCCAAAACAGGGUUGCAAAAUUGUCCCCAUGGGGAUAGAUUCUCACCAGCUUAAGAGGGAUGUUGCUGUCUUCUUAGCUCCUGCACCUUGGGUUUCCCAUCUGUUUUGAACGGUAUCAGUGACCUGCUUACAGUAGAUUUUCAAUCAGGAUGUUACCAGGGGAUUUGGGGGAAAGUUGCACUUUGGCUUCUGCUGUCCAAUAGGCAGAAGAAUCUGAUGCUUUUUGAUACUAUGUAAAAUUCCUAGUUACAAGGUUGGGGAUCAUUUGGAAAGGAAAGGCACUCAAAGUUCAAAAAGUUAUUUUAAUGGAAUGAUUUGGAAGGUUUAUUCAGAUCUUGGUUAUUGAUAGCUCCAUACAUGUUAUUCCACAGAACUCUAUAAAGGCAAUGGGUCUCCCAUCCCUCUACUCUAACAAAGCAAUCCAAAAGAAGACAGAGACAGAAGCAACAAAGGGCCAACUUUCACUUCAAACUCUUGGCCACAGCUUUCUGAAUCCAGUAUUACUAUAUCUUAAGUUUGCUUGGGGAUUAGAGGAAGGGUAUGGAAAUGCUGGUUGUUUGUCUUACAACUAUGUAGUCUUUGGGUUCUUUUUCUUCUGGGGUUCUGUAGCCUCUGUGUGCCUUAUUCUAUAACUGUAACAGCCUAUUUGGGGUUAUUGUAAUCUCUUUGCAUCUUCAUAGCCCUUUCUCCAAAGCUGAUGAGGAAGGUAUAUUGUCAGGAUUAGAUAUAACUUUAUACCUGUCUGAGAUCCCAGACCAGUGAGCUUCAUCAUUAAAUGAAGGGGCUCUGGGCUGGUUCCACUUUGGAAGGCUUAUCCUGACUCCCUAGAGCUAUUUGAAGAAGAAUCUCCUGGCUUAAAAUUCAGAACCAGAAAACAAGUUGGAAAGAGAACAUCAACUGAGUACACACAAUAUGCAAGUAGCACACUAGGUGCUUUGAAGUUUAAUUUAUUUAAUUUUUCCCACAAUCUAUUUAUCAUCAUCCUCAUUUUAAGGUAGAAAGAAAUUGAGGCUUAAAGAGAAUAACUAACUGCCCACAUUCCACAUAAUAGACGGAGUGCCAGCCCAGGCUUGGCAAACUCCAAAGCCCAUCCAGGGCUGGGAAGACAGAAGAAGCAUGUUGGAACUUUGACCUUGGGAAAGGUUAGGGCUACUUCUCUUUAACUUCCUCCAUGGCUCCUGCUGUCAGUGUAGAGAAGGUCACCCAGCCUCUACCCCAGAGCAGAGAACUGGAGACUUUUGAACUGUAGGCUAGCUGGUGAGGGCAAGUCCAGUUAUCCCUACUCUUGAACUAUAUCUGACUCAGUUUGGAAAAAUUUUGCAGAUAAAGCUUUAGCAUUGAAAGCUUCAAAGGAAACAGCUUCUUAAUCUGGCCCAGGACCCACAGGGAAGAAAAGACAGAAACAGCCUUCCAGACAGAUUGGAGGAAAGAGAGAACACUGAAACGCUGAGGGAAGUGGGGCAAACUGGGGGGCUGCGUGAUACCGUGCUGCUCUCUGGCCUCUUGCACUGAGGCUUCUCAGGCACCAUGAAUCUCCAUGCCAAGAUGCUGAGCCAGCCCCUGUGGGACACUGAGGCCCUGUAAGCACAGGCUGCCAUUUUUCACCUUCUCCAGGGCAACUUCUGGCUGAUAAAGCAAAUCUGAGAAAAGUCUUGUAGGCUGUGCUGAUCACGAAUCCAUCUUUUUUAUUCUCCCCCCAAAAGAGGUGUCCAGCUGUUAGACUGAUGGAUAAUAGGCAUGAGGUUUUGGUUGAAUACAUGGAGAAAAGUAUAUUAAACUUGGGAACUUUAAAUUCAUCCCCAAAUACCACUGCUAGCUAAUGUUUUUUUACACAGAUGUAAAGGACAGGCUUGUGUAUUAGAAGCUGAGCUUUAGACAAAAAAAAAAAAAAAAAAAAAGAAAAGAAAAAUCUACUUUGUACCGAGUAUAUUUCAGCUUGGCCUGACACCUAUAUCCUGAGUUUUUAAUUGCCAGCUGUGGGGAAAUAAAUAAAUGAUAAAUUACUUUCUACCUGCCUACUCAAAGGAGUCAUAUCCAACCCUGGGAAAAAGCAUGGGGUUGAGCCAAGAAGUGGAAUUCCAGGAGGGCACAAAUUGAACUUCACUGAGAGUUCUGCACGGGGCAUCCCUGUGACCAAGGUGUGAUAUGACCCCAUCUCUGGGACCCACUAACCAGUCUUCGAUCGGGAGCCUUAGAGCAGGUGAUGGUGCACUGUUCCCUGCCCAGAGCAGACCGCUUGGCAAAGGAGACUGUGGUGGUCUCCGUGGCUUAGAAGGUGGAGAGGGAGAGGGAGUCUGGGCUUCUCUAUAAGAAACCAGAUUAUAUCAGAACCUUUUAAAAUCAAAUCCUGAUGAAAGCCAAUUUAGCAGGACACCACUCUACCCCUGCAACACAGAGAUCUGUUGGAUCGACACUGAGGGUUAUGUUCUAGAAGUUUCUCAAGCCUGCCAAACACAGCCUGUUGAUCUGCCCCUGCCCCACACUGGGAGAUUUUUGAGAAAUUUAGUAAGUUUCUCAUUUAUAAAAAUGGAAGUAAAACUAACAUUCUUAAUUGAUUCCUGGUAUCAUAUAUUUAGUCGCUAAAUGCAUCAGAAUUAUUGUACCACAUUUUGGACCAGGGAGGGUGUAGCCAUCCCUUCGUGCAUGCAACACGUAUCGCCAUUCCGUCAUCCAUUUACUGCACGCUUGCUGGGUUUAAAGCACUGUUCCUGGUGGUGUAAACCAAUCUGCAAACUAAGCUCUGAGAUGUCCACACUGUUUUCAUAACUCCAUCCCAAAUUAUUUUUAGAUGUUUUUAUCUUAACAAAAUAGUCCAUUUCUUGUUCUGUUCUUUAAGAUGUAAACUUUUCUAUCAACUCUUAAUUCAUUGCUGUUGCAGUUGAAGCAUUUUUUGUUGUAUUUUCUCUUGUUCAAUGUGUGAAGAAACUUGCUGCAAUUAUUUUAUGGAUGAGAAAGUGAGCAUAGAGAGGUGAAGAGGUUUAAAAAGUUUCACACUAGUUAGUAGUAGGGCUGAAACAUGACAUCAGGAUUCCUGACAGCUCAUUUCUCAGAUAGUUUAAAAAUCAUUUUGGCUUUCAAACAACUCCUUAUAUUUACAUUGUUUAAUGCUGUCUCUUAGCUAUUUCUAUUGCCAUUUCCCUAACCCACUUCCAAAAAUGGUAAAAGUUUCAUUAAAGAAUUCUCAUUAA